GUUUUAUUUCCGUUAUUAAGGGUGGCGGAUUGCAUCGAACUCAGGAUAGGUGUUGUUUAAAGUGACUUUUUCCUUGCUUCCGAGCCGACCCCCCCCUUUCUCGUCAUCCCGCCGCCAUGCCCCCCUUCUUGUCUCGGUGACGAUUUUGUUUUUCUUCUCUCCAGCUUUUCGCUCCACAGACUCCGUCUGAACAACAUUCCAGUGUUUUUGACUGGAUUUCCUACAGAAAAUUGCUCAUACUUUCCCAGCAACCGUCAGCAACUGCAACCUGGUGACUCACGGUCUUCGGUGUCUUCUCAUGCUCCGAGUGGCUUGCCUCCUGUAACAAAAAACACCAGCCUCUCUCAUGAGACAAGAUAACUUUUCCACAAGCCGUACCCGUUCCUUUCCUUCUUGCUGCCUCACAUUUUUUGACGGAGAAACGGAUAAAGUCGCCAAUAUGGGCGCGCCAGCGCUCUGACGCGAAGCUCACAUUUGAGAGGCAAGGGGAUGUAGUGGAGACUCAAUACGGACGCUAUUUGUGUACAUGCGAACACUAUCAGUUGUUUCAGAGUCCUGUCAUGCUUAGUGCUGCAAGUUCUUGUAACAUUAGAGUUUCGAACAAGUGGCUUCCGGUCGCGUCAUCUGUCCGGCCUUCAAAAGAACGAAUUUAAAAUAGCGGGCUGAUACAGCAUGUCCAGUUGAGGUAUGCUUACGUGCGGAUGGUCUAAGAACUACUCUUAAAAGCAUACGUGCACGUGGACUAGUUUCUCCAGCAUAUUCCGGAUCUGCUAUUUUGGUCGGUGCAUGUAAUUCAGGGACAUCAGUGUGCUUCUGCCGCGGUGGUGUCAUUAAAAAUGGAGGAGACCAUCCUACGAUUUCGAGCGACUCCUCCCUCCUGCCGGCCUCUUUUUGGCAUCGACAAGGACAAACCUACACCAGAUCCGCUGCCACUGUGUUCUUCGGAUAGAGCAAGGGGGGGUCGUCAAAAAACACCGACGACGAAAUGCUCACCGGGGUUUUCCUCAGUUGUCACAUCCGUUUCGACCUGUCCUUUAACGAAUGCUGAGAACAGCGACGGUUACAAGGGGAAGGAGGAAGUGUGGGAACGGAGAUCGCAAAGCGAUAUGUUCGAGAGUGCGAGAAGGUCCAGUCCACUGACUGCCCAGACGCCUUCUUCAAGGGAGUCUCAUUUUUCUAGACAGGUGGACCGACUUGCGUAUAUUUCUUCUUCGUCCUCCGCCACAAAAACGUCGCUUCUGUCUCAUUCUUUUGUCACUCGUAACACCGCUUCCACUUCGGCUCGGGCCGGAAACCUCGCUGCCCCUGUGCAGCUUCUGCAGCUGCAGAGAUCCCUCUCUUCUGUGUCUCUCUCCGAUUCCUUACAGGCGUCACAUAGAGUGAAUGCCUCUUUUACUUCAAAUGUUAUUGAUGGAGUGCCAACGCUUCGGCCAAGGGGCUUUCCGCACUCCUCGUCUUCCCCUUCCACUUCUCCGUAUCGUUGUUCGUCUUUUUCUGUUAAUGCCUUGCUGCCGGGAUCUCCGUCUACCUCUGCUACUUCUCCUCCGAACCCCCGAGGCAAGAGGAAGGAUAAGAAUUUGCGACUUCACGACUGUCGAGACCAACUAUUCAGCGAGCAGAAAAUAAGGCUGCCUUUGCAUUUGGCUUCGACGCCCUCUUUUACCACCUCUCAACGAAGAAAGAAUUCUCCGUCACCUUCGGUGGGCCCCUCACCUUCCUCUGAGUGUCUUUCGUCUUCUCCCAUAUCCUGUCAAUUAUCUUCUUUCCCUUCCGUUCCGUCUGCUCGCGGCACUGCUGCCAGCCAAGAGACGACCUCUGUGGAGAGGUCGAGCGAAGAGACACGUGUGAAGAAAACCGAAGAAACCGGCUGCAACAAGCAAGAGGGAGCAGGCAUUGGUGCGGCACCAAGCGAACAAGAGCACAUGGGGAGAAGAGAAGGCGCGGCAGAGGCAGAGAGAGAGGCGCCUGAACCUUGGGGGAGGCGAGGACAGGCGAUUUCUGAGACCAUAUCACGAAUCCGAGCGCUGCGAGAAAUAGGGAAAGAGAGAAGAAAAAGAGAGGGAGUCCAGGUUGUGCAGGCUGGAGAAGCUGGAGAAACUGUGGGAACAGCGUUACGGUUCAUGUUCAGAAACAAAGGGAAAGAUCGUUCCAACGUUUGGAAAAGAAGACAGCAAGAAACAGUCGCGGGUCUUCACGGAGCUAACGCACAAAAGCAAACCCAACGAGAGGCGGAAGACGGAGGAUAUGCAUGCGAUUACAGAAAGGAGACCACUGCAUUCGUGUUACGGUUCCAGCCAAACAACGAACCACGGCUUGAUAGACGACAAAAGGAAGGAAAACUGUAUGGGGAGCAGAACACUAGAGAGACAGGAAUCAAAGCAGAUCCACAUUUUCGAACGAGCGAACAGGUGACACAAAACGGAGAGAGAAGCAUCCAGGGGAAGACCCCUGAGGAGACCUGCGAAGGAAACAGGAAAGGAGACACCGGAGAAGUUGGGCAUUCUGGAGAGGGAAGCAAAUGUGGAGAGAAGAAAGAGGACAGAGAAACAACUGUUUCCCGAGGGUUUGAUUUGCGCGUGGAGAAAAAAGAGAGAGGGAAGCAGGUUACAUAUCGUGGCUCUGAAGAGACGGAAACUCCAAGGCAACGAAUGGCAGAAGAGGAAUUCGACAGAGACGGUCCAACAGUCAUGGUUCCCGAGGAGAGCUUUUCUUUGCGCAGUGGCACACAGCUCUCUCUGGAGAGCGCUGCGUGCGCUGCUCACGACCGUGUUCAAACAGACCCUUUCUCUCCCCUGUCGAUUAAGUCCGUCCACUCCUCCUCCACAGAGUGCUACCCUCCGUCGCUUCAUCAUCCGGUUUCUCCUUGCUCAACUAGGUCUUUCCAUUCGUCCUUCGCUACUUCUUCCCCGAGUGCCUUUCCUCUUUCACCGGCCUUUCGCGGGCCUGAGGAAGCUUCUUGCAGUUUUUCGGGCAGUCACAUGACAGCGGGCGUGCUUACCUCCGUCGGUCACAGAGAAGCUGCAAGUUUGCGCUGCUCUCAGUCCUCAGAGGCAAAAGGAGGCGAGGAAAAUCAAUCAGAUGCAGAUAUAACGGUUCUUUCAACAAAAGCCUUGUCGGCUGCCGCUUCCCCGCUGGUGCCCCACUCUUCCUCGGUAUACUCUCCUGCUAUUCCGGUUGCUUUGGACUACUCGUUUUCCUAUACGGCUUCUUGUUCUCCCUCGGGGAAGCCUCAGAAAGAAACAGAGCCAGCGUCGAAAGGGGAGACAGCCUCUGCCGGCCCCACACAAUUUGUCUCAGUUGAAGGUCGAGACUCGAGUCUCUCUUCUCACGCUCUCUGUUCAUCACGCGAACUUUCUUCGAAAUCAAGACAUGAAGCACACAAAGGAGAGAGAAUGUGUGCAGACAACCUCCCCCCUUCGAUUGUCUCUCCUCCGACUGAGGCUUCUCAGCGCUCUGAUCCACCCGUCGGAUCUCCUGCCUCCCGCUCCUCUGCCUUCAGUUCUUCCCCGUGUUUUGCUGUGCAUGCAGGAGAAGACGAGGGACAGUGCGAAUGGAAAAACAUGUCUCUCGACUCUGCUUCGGUGUGUGUCUCUCGCUGUCCCGAUCCUUCUUCUGGUUUCUCUUGCCCUUCUCCCCUAGACCGUAAAUCAUCUGCGAACAGCGAGACGAAACCACAGGCGGCCGCCUCACAGUACUCUCCGGUCUCAACAAUCCAGGCAAAGCCGUUCAUCGGCGAAACGCAAAAGACAAAUGGGAGUGAUAAAGAGGGAGGAGUAAUGCUGGAGCAAGGAAUCCUCAGUCCUCAACAGACAAUGGCAACGCCUCGUAGAGGAAACGCAGAAAUCUUCCAUCCUGGAAAGGCAAACGAGAGUGUCUGUCGCCAAACGGAAGCUGAAACGGCCUCAUCUCCACAAACUCCUUCCCAGUCGCGGUCUACCUCUUGCUCAAAACAAGAGGGGAUAAACACACCGUGUGAUAUUUGCUUGUCUCCUCGGUUUCCUGUAGUGGAGGAAAGAGAGACUGCCGUUCUGCAUGAGGAAGGAAAGGAGUCGAGGGUCAUAUCUUCUCUGCCCGACAGAGGCGCUCCUUCUUGUACACCUUCAUCUUCCGCCUCCUCUUCUUCGUUACCUUCCUUUUCCUCUUGGCCAUCUUCUCUUUCUCCCUCAUCGUCUGCCGCGGGGAUCGAGUCUUCCUCAGUUUCGGUCUCCGAACUCGAGUCGUCCUCUUGCUCCCGGCUCGUGUCUUCUUCGUCGUCCGUAUCAGGUGUGGAUUUGACAUCGUUUUUUCCCUCUCUUCCUUAUCUCGCUUCUGCAGCCUCGGGUUCCUCUGACCUGUCUCCCUGCUCGUCUUCUCCGUCUUCUGUGUCUUCUCAAGAAGGUACACACGGGCCUGAACGAGACAGCGACACCUCCGAGAGAGUCGAUUGGACUCGAAAAGUCGACCACGAAUUUGACAGCCGAAAUGAGCUACAGGAAAAGAAGAUGCGCCGAGGUCGCCCUUCUUUUCCAUGUGUGGCUUUUCCUCUCCUCGACCAAUGUAGCGUCAAGGCUGCAGAAGCUCUGUCCUUUUUAUUCGUGUUCCCUGCGUCUGCCUACGACGUCACUCCAGAACGAAUUACGGAAUCUCGGGGCAGAACAGCCCAUCAAGCACCUCCUUCGUCUCCUUUGUCUCCAAGUUCUCCCGCCUCCUGCAGGAAUUUUAACGGCCAAAAAGAGGCAGCCCAGAGUUGUUCUUCGCUUUCUUCUGACAUUCGCACCAGAGACCGAGAAGGCGGAGACAGAGACAGCCGAGUCGAGGGACAGCGUCUUGACAGCGGAGAUCUAUAUGACGGGAACCCGCGAAAUAGCGGAAGUCGAUGGCCUCAGAGUGAGAGAGAGGAAACGCAAGCGAAAGGAGAUGCAGUCCAAGAAGAAGCGGUGCUCCCGAAAGACGACAGAGAAGCGCAGAAACUAGGAGGAAAGGAUGGAGAAUGGGAGGAUGGAGACAAAACCGACUGUCCGAAUAAAGAAGAUCCGAUGCAUAAGGACUGUCUCGCCCAUUCUUGUGCCCCUCUUCGUUCUGCGUCGCCUUCUGGAGCCACUCCGAGUCUUCCUUUUCGCUCUUCUUUGUCCUCGCCUUCCAGUGCUCUCGCACCUCCCUCGCCUGUGUCUGAUUCACAGGCUCACUCUCCUUCGUCUUCGUCUCUUUCGCCUUCGCCUUCAUCGCCUUUGUCGAUUUGUGGCUCUUCCGUGCGGCGACGUUAUCCUUCUUUGCCGUCUGUGUCUCUUCAAUCUUCUCUUCCACUCCCUGCGCCUGCAUCUCCAGCAGCUGGGGAAUCACCACGGAAACGAGCGGAUAAAGACGAUAGCGACAGAAGAAGAAUGAACGAGGAACCUAGGGAGAAGGAAGGAGAGAAGGAGGCCGAACCCGAAGGAGAAGCGGCAGCCGAGGGAAACAAAGAGGCAAUGGAGAGAGCGAGAGGAGUUUGGCGCGAAACGGACAUCCUGACAGAAGUGUCAGGAUGGAAGGAAGGGAUGCUUUUGCAAGAACCUGAGGAGAAAGAAGAUGAACAGGAGAAGGCAUCGAAGCCAAACGCCCAGGUGGGAGACGGGGCGAUAGAGAAGGGACAGCAAGAGGAGAUAAAUAGAGAGGGGGUGAAUGCCGAAGAGGAAGCAAGGGAGAGAAGUAGACAAAACGACGAAGAACAGUUUUCGUCGAAGGGAAAUCGCACGCAAGGUUCCCUUGAGCCAUCAUCAGGUUCCUCAGUGAGUCUUCUCCCUGGCAGCGAGUUGACUGUGACAGAGAAGGACACCAGAGAGGGGUUAGACUCCAGUUCUUCUCCGAUUGAAGAGCCUUCAGCAGCACAAAUGCACAUCUUGUGUUUCAAGAAACGAAGUGGGAAGGCAAGCGGCAAACUGAUUGGUCGGAAAAAGCCUCAGGUACAAGUUCGCAGUUUGCUCUUAAGGCCGCGCAAGCGGAGGCCAGAGAAAAGAGACAAAGGCGAGUUGGGAGUGGAAGUGGAAGUGGCAGCGAUCGAGCAGGAAGAAGUGAGGAGAGAGAGUGAGACGGAGACUCCCGAAAGCGUCAAGAGCGGCACUGCGAGUGAGACAGUGGGGGAGGGGAGACAGCGGGUGGACGAAGCGCGAGAACUGGUGUCAGAGAGGAAUGCGCAAGAGGGCAUCGAGGUAGCGAAAACCCAAACGCAGCAGAGAGAGAAAGAGCGAAAGGGGAGCGAGACAGAGAGUCAUGCAAGUGAGAAGGAGAAACAACGAAUGAUGGAAUCUGCUGCGGGUAACACGGGAGACGAGGACCAUGAGAAACGGGAAUUAAAGACGAAGGGGGACUCAGUGAAGGAGAACAAAGAAGCGGAAGGAGACCCUGUGGCGGCUAUGUGGAAUCGAAGCCAAUCAGGAUGCGAGACAGGUGGAGCAGAAUGGCCGGAGCAAGGUUCGGCGGAAGGGGAAUCCGACAAAGAGGAGGGACAAGGGAAGAGGUUCGGAAAGGCAAACGGAGGAGAACAGAUGAUAAAGGCAGAAUUGAAAGCGGAAGAGCAGCAAGUGGGGACAAAUCCAGGAGACGAGCGACAGGAGGAGCAAGGUCUCGACAGAGAUGCGUCACAAGAGGGCGAAGCCAGCGAUUCAGACAAGGGCUUAGAUUCAAGAGGAAACGCGGAGGUUCUCGAGACAACUCGGGUGCCGACAGAUGAAGAACUCACAGUCUCCUUGUUUCCGAAAGACGACGCUGGCGCAGACGGUGAAAACCUGGCCGCAUGCGCAUUCGAAGCGACACCGCAAGAGACAGAUCCAACAAGUGCUUCCUUCCCUCUUUGCUAUUCCUCUACCGGCGAAGACCAUCCGCAACGGCUCCUCCCUUCUCUUUUUCCUCUUCACCGAAGCGAAGAAGAGCAAACCCUACCUUCUUUGUCUCCCUCCUCCGCUUUAGAUCAAGAGGCACCAGGCAAACGGCAGACCUCGCCUGUUUCUGCUUCGUCCCUUUCCCAGAAACCCCCUGAAUGUGGGGGCUUGACCAACAUCAUGUCUUGUUUUUCAAGCACCCUCGAAAAAGACGUCUGCUGCCCUGUCUCGUGUCCUCCUUGCAACUGCAUCUCUUCAGAAAUAGAGGCGAAUGGGGGAAAGCCAGACGGAGCCUGUCACUCACCACGUGAUACCGAGAAGCUGGCUGGCGAGAAUCCAACGAGAGAAACAAGUCUUGCCGUGUCUCAAUUUUCGCAUGCAGAGUUAGUUGCCUUUGUCCACGGACUACUCGAGAAGGCGAUUGAAAGUCCCCAGGUCGUUUGCAAAGUCAAAAAGGUGCUCCUGCAGGAAAUUGAGGAGCGCGAGAAACGCAAAUUAGCCAACACAGAGAAGGGACAGACUGGAGACCGAAGACAGCACAAGGACGAUGCAGAAGAAGAAAGAGAAGCUGCAGAGGAGUGCGAAGAGGCUGGCGGAGAAGGAAAGGAAAACCGAGGAGAAAGUGAACAAAAGCUGAAAGACGGGGAGAAAAAGAAUGACGGAAGUGAAGGAACGCAGAAGGCGGAGCAAGCGAAGGCAGAGAAACGCCAACGCGUGAAGACACAGGAGCAUAAGGAGAAGAAGCAAAACACCGGUGGAAACAAGGAGGAAGAGACUAUGCUGAAUGACGGGGGAAAGGGACAAGGGAAAACGGCAGAAAGAGAGAAAGAAUGGAACAAGGAUAAAGGAGACAACGCUGGACGCAAGUCCACAACACGGCCAGUGACGAAGCGGAGAGGAGAGAGGGCGGAGGAAAGCAAAGAGGUCGACCAUCAAAGUGAGACACAAAGUUCGGGGAAAGUGGAGGAAGGCAGAGAACUGCGCCCACGACGCAAAGUGAAUAUGCAGCGACUGGAAGAACUACAUCGAGAAGCGUUUGAGAAACAGCGACGGAAUCGCGAGAGAGCCGAAGCGAUCGCGCGCGAUGAGGCCUUGAGACUUGAGCAGGAAAAGGCUGUGUUGAAACGGCGACUGGCUCCUCCCAGGCCGAAAAAGCAGGAGGGUAAAACCGUCGCCCGCUUCUCGAGCAACGACUCGUCUGGGCAGGGUCGCAUUCCUGAAGGAGCGUCCGCUUCAAUCGCGGCCAGACGAGAAGGAGAAUCUGUUGAGCCUCAGGAAGAAAGGGAAGACCACCAUCUCGAUGGCCCACCAUUGCCUGUGCAGAGUGCGUCUCGCUUGCUGGACACGAAACAUGCCCCUGAAACCUCGCCUGAGAGCGAAGCGGAAGAUCGAGAGAGGCGGAGCGUUCCCGGUGGAAACCGCGAUUCCUUUUUGAGAAACCGUGAAGUCCGCGGAAACGGAGAAGGGCACCGGGCGCCGUCGGUGUCUCCUUCGCUUCCGGCCUGUCCCGUGGCACAGACGCAAGAUAGGAGCGUUCCAGCCGACGAGGAGGCAGAGAAGCCGUCAGUGGAACACGCAGCAGGAGUUCUACAAGUCAGCCUUCAGCCGCAGUGGGACAAAGUGGAGAGAUUCUUGGACACUGUAGAUGCGCGCGCCGCCCUUCUGGGGUCUCAAAUUGCCGAGCAUGCCGCAAAGCCUUUGGCGCCUGUGCAGUCUGAUCCCUCUGACGUCACGGCUUCCAUGCAUGGCUGUUCUUCUCGAGCAGACGAGCCGAAGACCAUUCGACUCCUGCGCCUGCUGGAAGAGCAAGCGUUCGCCGCAGCGGUCGAUGUCUUGCGAGGGCUCCGUUCUUCUGGAGACGCGCUUGGGGACUCCGGCGAAUGCAUGCGAGUUGAGGGAACUUCGUGGGACGAACUCGAUCUCCUUUCCGCCACAUUCAGUGCUAAAGGGAAAAACUCGACUUCGUGGUCGACAAGAGGAGCGAUCACGCAGAAGGCGACCCGGAGAGAAAUGGAGGCCAGGCAGAAGAGAGGGGAAGAAAGAGAAGGCACGGGAACCCAAGAGGGUAGACUGCGAGGAGACAAGCAAGGGAGGAUAUGCCGAAACAAAGACGGGAGAAGAAGCGUAACCAAGGAAGGGGGCGCCACAGUAGAAGAGCGAGAAGUGGAGAAAGAAAGGUUGGGACAGUCGAAGACAGAGAGUUCCUCGUGCACUUGUCAGCUUAGAGGGAUAGGCGGGCUCGCAGCGAACGCGGCAGGCAGGUCUCAGAUCCUUAAACAGAAGCUGUCUAUCUCUGCGAGCCCUGUCGUUGCUUCCAGUGUGCAGGUACUUGGUUGUAGCCAUCACAGCAGAAUCAGGUCGCACACUAACCCUCAGAGAAACGAAAACACCGUCGAGGGGAUACAAAGAAAAAACGUUGACAGUGGAAAGAAAGAAAAUUCAGGAAGCGAAAAAAGAGAAGCCAAUCAUUCGUGUUCUCGGCCUCGAAAACCUCAAGGGUCUCUGAGGGUAACGAAUCACGAAGAGAAGGCAGCCAAACCCUGCAAGUCUUCAGCGGCCUCUUCCUCUCAGUCUUCGCUGCCAGCCUGGAAGCCGGCGGGUGUUGCCGCCGUCAAACCACCGCCGCAGGAACGUCUGCCAAAGAUCCGCUCUUCUUCAUGUUCUUCCUUGUCCUGUUCGAGCCUCUCGGGCCGUCCGGUGGCCUCAGUGUGCAACCAACAGGCCACGAGAGAGGCUUCAAGAAGAGGCUCCGCGAUGCCUCGCCGCCCUCAGUCUCCGUUUUCCCCCCUCAGGUUUUCCUUCUUAUCUCCAGAGACGGAGACUCAAUGGUCUCUACAUGCACAAGAAAGGGAGGGACUGACAGGAGCAAAACUGGGUUCACGAAUCCUCGAGGAGUGCAAUGCCAUCUCCACCCCUACCCACCUAAGGAGACGCUCCAGUCCUUCUCUCCGGUAUGCAUGUCCCUCAUACGCUUUCUCUGAGAGAGAAAUUCCAGUAUGGCGGCCGGCGGGUCUCGCCUCCAGAUCUCCGACGCCGUUGGGGGGCGGAAAGGUCUUUUGUCGAGUAGAAAAUGCGAGGAAAACGCGUUCUUCUUCUCGCCUCAAAGCCAGUCCGGCAUCUCUGGUGCGUGCGCGAGAGAGUCCCCGCAACGAGAAAGAUGGAGCUUCGUCUCGUUCUCGCUUUUCUUCUCUUUCCAGUUCUUUUUCAGCAAGCAAGUCUCGCGCCUCCCUCGUCCGAGCAGCGUCACUGCACUGUGGGCCAUCAGCAGAAAGAAGGCGAAGAAAAGAGACGACGGCAGAUAAUGGCGCGAAAAUCUAUCCCAAAAACACAUAUAUGCCUUAUGGCAGUGAGCGAAGAGAGGGAACUGCCAACGCCUUGGCGGAAGCCCGUUCUCCAAACGAGGUUGAGGUACCAAACCUGCAUGCGGAGAGACCAAGGCAGGUUUUGUCUUCCGUCGCUUCCGUGGAUGCUUUUCGCACGUAUGCAAAAGAGAGAACGGGACCAAGUGCAAGAAGUUAUAGAGCAGUCCCGACGACAGAGACGCAACUAGAGGCCGAGCAAGAAUCGUUUUUUUCUUCUCGUAAGGAAACGCAGUGCAUAGAAGCAAAAGACCGGAAAAGUGAAAAGAGAGUCGACAAACGCGACUGUUUUCUGGGGAGAAACUGCAGUGACCAGCAGAACCGAAACUCCCUGUCGGCCUCUUCAGAGGGGUUGCCUCAAGAGCGGCGACCUAUACUCUCCCCGUUGCCUUCUUCCACCUCAGCCGCUUGUUCUCCUGGAGUGUCUUUAUCUUGUCUGGCGGCAAAAAAGGAACAUGGAAAGGCGCACAAUGGAGAGCCAAAGUGUUGUUGUCUGCCUUCUCUUCCUGCAACUUCUCUAUUGGGUCCGCCUCUCGCCCCGGGAGAGAGUCUAGAAGAGAAGGCAGACCACUUCCUCCAGUGGGUGUAUGCAGAUCAGUUGCAUAGACAGAAGAAAGGCAGAUAUCUGAGCCCGACAGCCAGAGUAGCAGAGGGAAGGACGGAGCGAGGAACAGAGAGCUACAGGGAAGAUGAAGAGGCAAGGAUUGUGAUGGGAGCAGAGAGGGCGAAAAAAGGCAGCGUGUAUUCACGAGAAGGCAGCGGAAGUGGAAACCAGUCUUCUUCAGCUUUGCAUGCCAAAGAAAACGAAAGUUUCGAGGGCGAAAGGGAGGCCGGACGGGCCGCGUUCACUCUGACUCGACGGCUAGGUUUCCCUUUCGAUUCAGCCUCGUUAGAGCCUUUCUCCUUCGACAGAGUUGAGAGCAUCAUGGAAAAAAUUACUGAAAUGGAAGAACUAAUGGGAUUGCGUAAACAAGAAGGAAUUUGAGGCGAGAGUGGGAACACUCGUGGCGAUGAACGAUGUUGUCUAUUGGCGUCGAGUGUAUGGCGCCAAGGAGAUCCCCAACACGAGAGACACAGUAACAAAAGUUGAAAGGGAGGAACGGACGAAAGAAUCUUUGAAUAAACAGGAGUAAGGAAGAAAGUUAGGGAUCAGGCAUGUCUGAGUGAGCGAAGAAGAACUGAUGAGUUACGAAUACUAGGCUACAGGCGAGGAGACGGGCAAAAUGAAAGAACGCUGGCAUUGGAGGUGGAUGUUUUCUGUGGCAGUGCACGCACGUUCCUUUUUCCUUAUCUUUUUACUUUCUCUCGGCAGG